AACCGGGAUUUCUGGAGAAAUCCAACUACAUGCAGUACCCUUUGCUUCCGUGGGUCGGAGUGUCCUGCAGUCUUCUUCAGAAAUUUGGGAGCUGCACGCGAUGGACGAAUGCUGACAAAGUCGUUUGUUUGUUUUUUUACGAUUUAUUUUCUUUUAUGUACAGAUAAAGCGAUUUAACAGCAGUGUCUCAGAAAAUCAUCGCUUUACGAUCAAACGAACAGCUUCCCUUCCAGAGAAAGACCACCAUGAGCGUGCUCCCCCCUGUGAGAAAAGACCGCAUCAUCGGCCAGCUUCCUAAAUGUUUCAACAAAAGUGCCGCUUUGCACACAGAAAAUGAAUUCCACAGCAAGGUUAAGACAGCUUGUCAACAACAGAGGACAGGAACAGUGGGCAGGUUUAAAAUCUCCAAAGUCAUCGUAGUUGGUGAUCUGGCUGUCGGGAAAACCUGUUUGAUUAAUAGGUUUUGCAAAGACGCAUUUGACAAGAACUACAAGGCUACCAUCGGUGUGGACUUUGAGAUGGAAAGGUUUGAAGUUCUUGGGGUUCCUUUCAGUCUACAGUUGUGGGACACUGCAGGUCAGGAAAGGUUUAAAUGCAUCGCUUCUACAUACUACAGAGGAGCUCAGGCUGUAAUCAUUGUGUUUGAUUUGACUGAUGUUGCUUCACUGGAUCACACAAGGCAAUGGUUAGAGGAUGCAAUGAAAGAGAACGACCCUACCAGUGUAUUACUUUUCCUGGUUGGCACGAAGAAAGAUCUGAGCUCUCCUGCACAGUAUUCUCUAAUUGAGCAGGAUGCCAUCAAACUGGCGGAUGAGAUGAAAGCAGAGUACUGGGCUCUAUCUGCUUUAACUGGUGAGAAUGUCAGAGAGUUUUUCUUCCGAGUUGCAUCUUUAACAUUUGAGGCAAAUGUAAUGGCAGAACUGGAGAAAAGCGGAUCCAGACGUAUUGGGGAAGUUGUUAAAAUCAACAGUAACCUUAACAACUUACAUGCAGCUUCCAAGAAGAAACAACCCAACUGUUGUCAGUAAAGUCUGAUCAUGUGGAAACACAAAAAGAUUGUACGGACGUAUUACGGUACCAAGUGCAAGUGUACCAUACACGUAGGUACACAAGGAGAAAUGGGACUAACGCAUUUCAUCUAAAGGAAUGUACAGCGAGAGCAGCGUGGUUUAUUAUUAUUAGUGUGGAGCCGAUUUUCUGCCUCAUUUCACAAGAUGACUGGGCACAAUCUUUGCAUUUACUCUAAAUGUAUUUUUUAUCAUUGAUUAUUAUACUGUUAUUUACAAAUUCAGUUAUAUUUACAUUUCUAAUAAUUAGUUUACAGUCAGCAGCGAUUUUAAAAGGUACACAUGAGGAAUAUGCAUGAUUUGCACAAAAGCAAUGGACAACCAUCAUAUUUUUAUAUAAAAAAGGGUAAAUCAACUUUUCUCAUCAUACUAUAUAUGUUGGUCGGACACCCUCUCACCGGGACCGUCUAGAAGAAUAUUAUAUGUGAUGUAAAGUUUAAGUAUUAGAGUGUUACACAGCUGUAUGAAUUGUGUCCUUUGCUUAAAACAUUUUUCUAAAUAAAAUUGUUUUCCUUUU